AUGUUAAAUGUGACUGUGAAAGCGGAAAAUUGGAAGCCCCCCCCUCCUUUCUCUCUGUUUCUUUUACCCUUUCUUUCCUUCUUUGAAUUACUCUUCUCUCCCUCUCUUUUUUCAUUGAUAAGCACUCUCUCCGUACCCCACUCUCUCACUAUUUCAUUCGCCCCCACCUCCUCAACUCUUCUUCCCACCCCAACUUCACUUAUUUCUGAUUUUAGAAGAAAACAAUAUUCUUUCCGGGAAUCGAUUUGUUUUUCUUAUAUUAUUUUAUUUUCGGAACAAAUUUUCCAAAUGGCGUCCAAUAUGAUUGAAGAAGAGACAUUCCAAUGCUCGAAAUGCAUCGAAGUUUUAGAUUUGGCAUCGAAGACGUUGCCAUGUCUUCAUUCUUUCUGUGGGACGUGCGUGAAGAUAAUUCUUGAAGGAAAUGGCCUGUGUCCCCAGUGCCAACAACCUGCGACCGGUGACGAUUUGAGACUGGCACCAUUUUUGGUAAAGUCUUUAAGGCGCCGUCAGCUGGAAUCCAGCGAAAUGAAUUGUGAUACGUGUUUCGAAGACGGCAUAGAAUCGGCUGGCCAGAAUUGGUGCCAGGACUGUCAGAAACUCUUGUGCCAGACUUGCGAGAGAUUUCAUAAGAAAUUCCACCGCGGACACGAGACCAAAGACUUGUCGGGCGUGUCGAGGUUUGAGGCCAUCCGGGUCAUCACAAUGGAGGACUGUCGACGACACCGCCAAUCCAAGGACGUCUUUUGCGACCGGUGCAACGUGUGCAUGUGUGACGCGUGUUACACUGAUCACUUGACCGCCUCUCUUCAGUGUCCGUCUCGUCCGCUGUCGGUGAGGGAGGAGGCGUCGAAGGGGAAAGAGGAGAGAGGCCCCACGCUGGAGCGGGAACUCCGCCAGUUUGAAAUCAACAUCCGGGCAACGAACGAGCGAACGAGGCGUUCCAUUGAAGAACUGUCAACGGAUUGCGAUACGGAAUGCUCCAAACUCUGGCAGGAUUUUGAGACAUUCGUUGAAGAGACAAGGAUCAAGUUGGGAGAGCUGUGCGAAAAUAUGAGAGGGAUGGCGUCUGAACUGGAGAGAAAAUGGCGCCACUCCCUCAAGGAGAGAGAAGAACUUUUGGGGAAGGUGAAAAUCUGGCGCGUCAGUUUGGGACAUUUGUUGAUGGACGACACCGACGAUGAGGACGUCGUUUGUGGGUUGAGGUUGCUGGGAGCUGAGCUUUCUGCACGGCUCCACCAAUCGUUUGCUCCACCCGAGAAAGGUCAUUGGGUCGUGACCUUUCCCAAAUGGUGUCACGACUCCUUAGAGUCACUGAAGAAAGAAAUGAUCGAUUGGACGCCACAGACAUCCGGGUAUUUACAACUAGAAAGUGAAUGCCAUCUGCAAGGAUCGUACCCGUGGCUGUGGCAGAUUACGCCGUGGAUUAUUUCAUCGAUUGUCGUCAGCGACAAAGACAAUCACGUCUUUGUUGGCGAUAGGGACGGCGGUUCGGUCCUAGAAUUCAGAGACUCUGGGGAAUUUGUUGGCCAAUUUCGCUUAAAGGACGGAAGAGAGACAUUCUUCCCCUGGGACAUGUGUCGCCUCCCCGAAGACAUUUUGGUUGUUUGUUGUCCUGGGUGGUCGGGGUUGAGGGUAGGGGGAAGACUUUUCUUUUUGGCGCGACAAAAAUCGCCGCCAUUUUUAAAAAAGCAAAAAAUAAUUGACAUAAAAGAAAAGAAUUUUUUUUCUUUGUGUCAAAUUGAUAAAAAAAUUUUCGCUUGUGAUUUGAAUUUUGAAGAAAUUGUUUGUUUUAAUGAAAAUGGAGAAAAAAUAAAAACAAUCCACCCUGGAGGGGCGCCGGGGAGGCGUGGUUAUCCCCGCCUUCAUUAUGACUUCCUCUUUCGUUAUGCCCCUUUCGUUCAUCAUGCUCCCCGCCUUCGUGCCGAUCCGAUGACUGGGAAUUUUUUCUUCUUUUCUCUUUCUUUUUUUUUUCUCUUCUUUUUCUUUUUUUCUCUCUUUUCAUCUUCUUAUUUUCCUUCUUUCUCUACUUCUUUUCCCUAUUCUUUUUUUCUUAUUUUUUUUUCUUUCUUUUCUUUGUUUCUCUUUCACGCAUCAAAACAAGAAAUGUGUUUUUCUUUUUUUUUUGUGGUUGUCGUGGAGAACCCUUUGAAUUGCAAACCACAACAAAAAGGUAAUAACCAUUUCCACCCCCGCAUCUCUCUCUCUCUCUCUCUCUUUCAUAACGUCCUUUCCUUCUCUCUUCUUUCUCCCUUCCUACCCUUCAAUACAUUCCCUACCUUAUUAGCUUAUGAAACCUAUCUAUCGGACGAUCUUUUUAGCUCUCAGUCAGAUUCUCUUUCUAUUUACAUGAAAAGGAGAAAAUAUCCACCCUCCCUCUCUCUCUCUCUCUCUUUCAUAACGUCCUUUCCUUCUCUCUCUUCUUUCUCCCUUCCUACCCUUCAAUACAUUCCCUCCCUUAUUAUCUCAUGA